AUCGGUUGUAUACACAGCAGGCAAAUACUGUCAAGAUGAAUCGUUUUCUCUUUCCUGAACCUCUCAAGCAAAUCCACGUUGGGCGCGGCGACGAUGGAUACGAAAAUGUUUUAACCGCAGAGGUUGAUGAAACCUUUUACAAAUGGGAACACGAGACGUCCAAGGCCAAGCUCAUGAGGCUUUGUGCCCCUGCCUUGUGGCCCAAAGGCUCCUACAACAGUUAUUGUCCUCGGCCCAUCCUGAUUAAUGAGCAUCAUCAGUCAAUGUUGCAGGAGCUCAGCGAUGCAUUGGUCGCCUCAGUUACCGAUAUCGUGUAUCGAUGGUGGCUCGACAAGGCAGCUGAUCUUCCCAGGCGAAUGCCUCUUGGGGAGAAAGAACACGAGCUCUUGCAGUAUGUGGAUCGACAAUCGAUAAUCGGAAGAUUACCCCGUUAUGAAGACUGCAGAGGCUCGUGGAGGCCCGACUUCUUGGUCGAAGAAGUCAGGACCAAAGACGGCAUCACGGUAGAGAACUUUCGAAUUACCGAAAUCAAUGCUCGGUUUUCCUUUAAUGGGUUCAUGCACGCGACGUAUGGACAUAUGGCUCUAGAGGAUACGGGGAUGGGGAGACAUGGACUCGCCAGCGCUGCAAAUCCAAAAGAGAUUGUAGAUGGACUGUUUUCUCUUUUUCGACGAGAUCGCCCCAUUCAUUUCCUCAAAGGCGAGGAGGCUGGAAUGGAUAUCCACAUGUUUGUCGACGCUUUUAAACGCCGCUUGGGCGUUGCCCCACGAAUCGUGAACCUCGAGGAUCUGAGGCUGGUGCCAAAUUCCAGAAGCAAGUCCGGGUAUAUGCUCUGUGCCGUCUUCAGGAAGCCUGAGCGAGGUACUUCCAAGCCCGACGUGUCGUCCCUGUUCUUGACUAGCGAGGGAGAGCUGGUGGAGCAGAUCUACCAGGUCGGGCUGGAGUUGCAUCAGCGUGAGCUGCUUGCAAUGCGGCCCGAAAUGUUGCGUGAGAUUAGCUUACGCUGCUUCAAUGACAUGCGGACCAUCUUGCUGGUCCAUGACAAGCGAAUGCUGGGCAUUAUCAAGCAGGAGCUUCCGAAGCAAGUGUUUCUUGGGAUCAUUACAGAGAGGCAGGGAAGGAUUCUCGACAGGGGCAUCGCUGAUACAUACCUUCCGGGAUCUUUGGAGCUCAAGGAUCUCUUGUUACACUCGGAGGCGUACCCCAAUCUUCGCCAGGAAUACCUUUUGAAGCCAAUCCGCAGCGGAAAGGGCGACGGUAUCGUGUUUGGCGACAGCAUCACCAACGAAGAGUGGGUGGCUGCCCUAAAGCGUCAGCUCUCCCCUGGUCUUGAGCUUGAGAGAAGCUGUGUGGUACAGCGUCGGAUUACCCAUCGCCUGUAUGACGUGGUACUGAAGCCGUCGGGAGAGAGGCUGCAGUAUCCCCUGGUCGGUACGUACAUGGUCAUCAACGGAGCCCUGCUCGGGCUUGCGCUCUGGCGGAGUAGCGACGAUCGGAUCUGUGCAAUCAGUCACGGGGGAGCUUGGCUGUGUUCGGUGAUACGCAAGGACAGGGGAACGGUGGGAGAUGAUGUCUCACAGGUUUACUAAGCCUGCGUCCAAUUACGCUCGUACUCGUACUACUACUACUAUUAUCAUAGUCUAUCUGCCAGGGUUUAAUAUCAUGUUUCUUGACUUUGU